AGGGAACCCCCAAGAGCAUUUUUGCUCAUACACCUCGUGGUUCACCCCCUUCUCUCUCUCUCUCUCCAAACCCUAACUCGAUCCCUCUCCGAUCCCCCACAACCCUAAAUCCCACCUCACCCCAUAUCCCCAUCUUCAAACCCACCAUGCACAGACCUUGAUUCCCCUCCCCAUUUCUCUCCCAAACCCCAAAACCAAAAAGGGGGGUUCUUCCCUAAUUUGAGACCAUGUAUAGAGAACGCGGAGGUGGGUCGUCGAAAACCGAGCUCGUCGGUGGGCCUCUGGACCGCAAGCGCAUCAACGAUGCCCUGGACAAGCACCUAGAGAAGUCCUCCCCUUCCACAUCCCGAGCUAAGGACAAAGAGCGUCUCUCUCUCCCGUCCACAUCCGCCGGAAAGUCUCAGCUCGAUCACCGCGCCGCCGCCGCCGCUGCGGCCUCCCUCGCCAAGAACAAGUGCUCUGAUGAGGAAUCUGAGACAGACAGCGAAGAAUCAGAUGUCAGCGGUUCCGAUGGAGAUGACACAUCUUGGAUUUCAUGGUUCUGUAAUUUGCGAGGAAACGAAUUUUUUUGUGAAGUCGAUGAUGAAUACAUUCAAGAUGAUUUUAAUCUCUGUGGUUUGAGCAGUCAAGUUCCAUAUUAUGACUAUGCUCUUGAUUUGAUUCUAGAUGUCGAAUCUUCUCACGGUGAUAUGUUCACUGAAGAGCAGAAUGAGUUGGUUGAAUCAGCAGCGGAAAUGCUAUAUGGUCUUAUUCAUGUUAGAUACAUAUUGACAAGCAAAGGAAUGUCUGCAAUGUUGGAGAAAUACAAAAACUAUGACUUUGGAAGAUGUCCAAGAGUUUACUGCUGUGGACAACCCUGCCUUCCGGUUGGUCAAUCUGACAUUCCUCGUUCAAGCACUGUAAAAAUAUACUGCCCCAAAUGCGAAGAUAUAUAUUACCCUCGAUCCAAGUACCAAGGCAAUAUUGAUGGAGCUUAUUUCGGCACCACAUUUCCACACCUAUUCUUGAUGACGUAUGGACACCUUAAACCACAGAAGGCCUCACAGAGUUAUGUUCCAAGAGUUUUUGGCUUCAAGCUCCACAAACCAUAGGCAUGCUGCAAACUGUGAAACUUGUGAUGAGAUCUUCCAUUGACCAUCCUUGGUCCUGAUCUUGCUUCAUGCCUCCAUUGAUUAAGGCAUGGAUGUAAGAACUAAGAAGUGAGGUAGCUGCUGUAGCUCCUAAUGUACGAAGAGUGAUCUACCAUUGAAAAUGUUUAACGAGCAAAUUGCCCUAUUAGAGGGCAAACCUGUCUUUGAAUUUAAUCGUGAAAUUUACAGAGCACUUGUAAGAUUAUUUCUUUUGGUUGAUUGAGAU